AUGCGCGUCUCCAGCUGGUUCAAGUUUACCGUUCUUGCGGCCCUAGGCCCGCAGGCGCUGGCCGAAGUUCUGGCCGACCAUGGCGCCGACAAGGCCGGUCUCGUGUCCCGUGAACUGCCCUAUGACCUGGGCGAACCCGCCCCCUGCCCCGACGACAAGGGCAGGCUGGGCAGCUACCCUCCUCGAAUUCCUCCAUCCAUACUCAAGAAACUGAUCGACGGCUCAAAGUCUUCUUCUUCUUCUUCUUCUUCUUCUUCUUCUUCUUCGGCAUCAUCAUCAUCAUCAUCUUCUUCUUCUUCUUCCUCUUCUUCUUCUUCAUCCAAGGUCCGCUCCAAACGGUCCCAAGAUUGCCGCGAGAAACUUCCCGCGUCCGCCGAAAACGACCAUGAUGAAAAGGGAAGAUCACCGCAGUGGAGAAAGGGAAAGGGGCUACCCCAGAACCGAUGGUCAAACCACAUGAUGCCGGGUAUUGGCGAACAUGAGGGCUUUCCGAGGCAGUCGAACUCGGCGCCGCAGGGCCAGAUCACCGCCCGGGGUGACUACCCGCGUUCGGGCAAGCUGGGCGUCGACGCCGAGGGUAAUGCCAUUUAUAAAGCCCGCCACGGACGUAGCACCAGGCUUGUGGCCCGUGGUGACGACGACCCUGAUUCAGGCAGGGGAGGCGUCGACCUCGAUGGUAAUCCCAUUUACAAAACCGCCAAGGGGCACCGCUUUCACCGUAACAGAAAGCUCCAAGUCGCCUAG